CUGCUCUAUCACGUGAUGCUCAGCUAAUUUGAAGGAACGAAGGCAAUCAGAGGUACAUAAGUUGUUCUUGUCUCUUCUCCCGGUAUGAUUUGUUAAUUUGUACGCUACGGCGAAUCAGAAUGUCUAGCAAGUCAACGUUUCUAAAAGUUGUUCUGCUCGGGGAUGGCGGUGUUGGAAAGUCUUCACUGAUGAACCGAUUUGUAAGCGGCAAGUUCGACACGCAAUCCUUCCACACAAUUGGAGUGGAGUUCUUGAAUAAAGAUGUGAAUGUCGAAGGACAGUCUUACACCUUACAGAUCUGGGAUACAGCUGGCCAAGAAAGGUUUAAAAGCUUAAGGACGCCUUUUUAUCGGGGAUCAGACUUGUGUUUGCUUGUUUACGCCGUUGACGAUGUUCAAAGCUUCAAAAAUUUGGCAAUGUGGCGGAAGGAAUUUCUGUAUUACGCUGAUGUGAAAGACAAGGACACCUUUCCGUUUAUUCUUUUGGGAAAUAAAAUUGACGUUGAAGAGAGGGUUGUGACGCAAGAAGAAGCGCAUAACUUUUGUCUGGAGAUCGGUGGAAUUCCUUACUACGAAACAAGCGCAAAAGACUCGACGAAUGUGGACAAUGCCUUCCAUGCAGCCGUCAAGAGACUGAACGAAUUGGAACAAACCAAAGCAAAAAGUGAUUUCUCUGCCACUGAGGGAGUAAAUUUAUCUAGAGUUACUCAGAGAGAAAGUUCAGGUUGCUGUGAAUAGUCUGGUGAUAUUUAGUUUUUAACAUUUAUUUCUAUUUUACUUAAAAUUAAAAUCGGAUGUUGAAUAUAUGGAGGCGUCGAAUGGUUGAUGAACAUUUCCUUAUCUCGGUUUUCAUUUUGACGAUACUGAUGCAUACAAAAUGUCCAAUUCAUGUUCGCAUAUAUUUCCUUCCUUUUCGAUCUUUUCAAUAGCAGAUGUAAGGGUGAACUUGGGGAAAGGCUCUGGGAAAUUCAUUGAGGUGGUAAAAUUUAGCCUUUCAUUCCCAAGAUCUUAUUGAAAAUCCUCCUUGCUUCCUGCCAUACAGUUCCUAUGAAAUUAGUAAUGAGAAUUUGGUAGAGGAUUUACUAAUAAUUUUCCUGAUUGAAUUUUUUUCACUUUGUUCUCAUCACUUGUCUGUUUGAUUUUGUGUUGAUUUUGUUAGGAGAAUUUUUUCUCUUGAUCACUUAUGGGAGUUGAAGGGUUAAGAAGGAAGGUUAUGAUUAGCUUGCAAACAUGCUCUUCAAUUAGAAAUAUUACCAGAGACUUAGAGGCUUAAAGUAAAGAUGGACAAGAAAUGAAAAGUAAGUGAUAAAAGCCUUUGUCUCUCACACAACUCUUAGAUGAAGGGCCUGGUUACAGGCAGUAGGAUGAUUGAGAUUAGGUUUUGUGAAGGAAAAAAGAUAUAUUACUGGUGCAAUCUGAAUUUUGUUAAUCUUGCCAGAUAUUGAUAUAGAUUCAAGUGUCUAGGUAAAAAAAAGAUCAUGUUUUAGCAAUGACAGAAAAUUAAAAAGAUUCAGUGAGCUAGGAAAUCUGGAGUUUGAAAAGAAUGUUGAAAAACUUACCCAUAAAGAUUGGUUGACCUUUGAACUGCCUUAGAUUUGAUUGAUAAAUUCUCAUUUCUAGCUGUUAUAGAUUUCCUUGUAAACUGGUAAAGAGAAGUAUUUUGCAUAUCAAGAUUACAUCUUCAUUUUAUCAGCAAGAACUGUUUGCUUAAAAAUGUAGUUCACUGCAUAUGGAUCUCUUCUCAGGGUUUAAGAGAGAAUAAAAAUCAUGUUGAGUCUGUCUAUGAAAGAGACGUAUUCCUGUUUAACUCAACUUUUUUUUGUAAAAUAACUCAAAAAUGUCUUGAAAGUUAAAUGGUAUGCAUACAUUUGCUAAAACUACAUUUCUCUGAUAUGUCUCUGACUUGGUUGUCACAGUGAUGCUUUUGUCCCAAAAGACUGAAUACAUUGAAAACAAUAUUUUAGUAAGUUAUCAAUCACACAAAGCGGAUGGUUUGUAUUUUUUUUGUUCCUUCAAGAAAUUAUCUCAAAUAUAGGCAAGUUUCAAGUUAUCAAGAAUAUUUUGCACUCAGCUAGUUAUUUAAAUUGUGUGGAACAGAAAGGUGUCUGCUUUCCCAGGUUAUGUCUUUGAAGCAAGCUAAUGAAUUUAAUGAUAGUGCUUCAAAUAAAUUGUAAUUAUCUGUGUUGUCAUGUCAUCUCAAAAAUCUCAUAAAACAGUAAUUAGUGAUUAAUAUAUUCAAAUAAAGGUGGUUUAAAUAAAGUAAGUUCUAUUUUAGAAGUAAUGUUAGAUGGUAACUGUUACUUCAUCAUCAGAUAGUCUUAGUUACAUGUUAAAGUAGAAGUAUAAAUCAGAUAUGUAUUUUAAUGAGGAUGCACGCAGAUGACAAGAAAAUAAAAGCAACAACAAAUUUUGAAAUUUCA